UUUCUCUAUUUGACCAUGCUCAAGUGGGUGCUCAGCUGUGAAGGGAGGGAGGGAAAAGAGGGGGCUGGCCAGAGGCUUGCCAAAUCGGAUGAGAGAGCAGUUGGGGAGGAGAUCGCACAGUGUGAGGGGAGCGGAAUGCAAGCGAAGGGGAAAAAAAGGAGAAAAAGAGAACGAGCCAGGCUGGGAGGAGGUGGAAGAGAGAGUGACAGUGUGUUACAGGAGGAAAAAGGGACUCUUAAGAGGGAGAGAGAGAGUGGGAAUCCUUCCCAGUCAGAGUUGCCCGGCGCCUUUCUCCAGUCCCGGCCCCAGCAGGCCAGGGAAUGUCCCGGCGGCGAGAUGCCUUACGUGGACCGACAGAACCGCAUCUGUGGCUUCCUGGACAUAGAGGAGAACGAGAGCAGCGGCAAGUUCCUGCGUCGGUACUUCAUACUGGACACACAACAGGGGAGCUUGGUGUGGUUCAUGGACAACCCACAGAAUCUGCCUCAUGGUGCAGACUGUGUCGGCUCGCUAAAGCUCACCUACAUCUCUAAGGUCAGCGACGCCACAAAGCUGAGGCCAAAGGCAGAAUUCUGCUUUGUCAUCAAUGCUGGGAUGAGGAAGUUCUUCCUGCAGGCCAAUGACCAGCAGGACCUCGUGGACUGGGUCGACUCUCUCAAUAAAGCCACCAAGAUCACUGUGCCAAAGUUGUCUGAUGGGCAGCAGAAUGCAGAGAACCUCAAGACGUUGCCGGACGUAGUCGGGCCCAAGAAACAAGUCUCUUACAGGACAGAGAUCAUUGGAGGUGUCCCCAUUGUCACCCAGACACAGCAGGAAGGUGGGGAUGCUGCAGACAGAGCAGAACGUGAGGCCAUGCAUCGUUCUCACAGCCAGCUGCCAUACUUCCUGGGCCGGCCGACUCAGGAGCACAGCGUCAUCAAGUCAGGCUACUGCGUCAAGCAGGGGGCUGUGAUGAGGAACUGGAAACGGCGAUAUUUCCUGCUGGAAGAAAACUCCAUGAGUUACUUCAAGUCAGAUUUGGAGAAAGAGCCUCUAAGAAUGAUCCCACUAAAGGAAGUGCACAAAGUACAGGAGUGCAAACAGAGUGACAUCAUGAUGCGGGAUAACCUGUUCGAGGUCGUCACCACUUCUAGGACGUUUUACAUACAGGCUGACAGCCCAGAGGAGAUGCACAGCUGGAUCAAGGCAGUCUCUGGGGCCAUUGUGGCCCAGAGGGGACCUGGGAGGUCUGCAGCCACAGAACACAACAGCCGUUCCACUUUCUACCGCAGCCCCGCGGGGCCCCCCGUCCCUCGCUCGCCCAUAUCUGCCAUGCCACCAUGCUACCCAGAGUGGGGCGCUGCUGUCACGUGCGGCACACGCCCGCAGCCUGGCGUGGGACAGCGAGCACUUCAUGAGCCUGCUCCCCCGGCCCAGUCACAGCCACAUGCCAGCACGCCUGUCCCUGCAGGAGACACGCCUGGCAAAGUGAGCUGCGAGCCACCUGCCACCACCACCAUCAUCAGUAACUCGGAGGAGUCACCGUGGCGACGGAGGAGCAGCUUUGAGCCCCACAUCCCUGAACCUCCGCUGGACCUGGACGACGCUGACCUGCCAGUGAGCGAGGUCUGAACUGGAUGUUUAGACUUGAUCAUCUGCAUGAUGUUAACUUAAGAGUCCUUCGGUCAAGAGGAAACUGUGCGACCGGUGUGCUUCAAACCAAAGCUGUUGUCAGAUGACUGUGUGCAACACCACAAACUUGUGUUACGCGCCUUCUUCAGCGUGCUGUUGAAACCACCGAUAUGCACUCGUGUGCCAUAGACGACCCGGUCUUCACUCACACCCCUCUGCCUGCUGCCACAUUUACAGUCAUGUAUUUAUUUACUACGAGUUGUCAAACAGACCAAAACAUUGUACUUGACUUGUCCCUGACUAAUGGCGGAGCUUUAUUUUAACCUGCUCAGGCACAAACAAUGUCUUUAACAGUAUUUGUGGGCAGAGGGUGUUUGUGAAUUUACUUUGUGCCAAGAAAAUAAGGGAGCUUCAGAGUAGGAGCUAUUUCCUCAUGACUGAAAAGAGCUUUCAAACUGAGGACUGUAUUUAUAACACCUAUCUAAUCUACUAAUUUACAAUGUGGGAUCCAUUCAUGCACUCUCUAACGUAACCUGUGAUUUGUUGGUCAGUGUUAAGGAUAUGGAUCCAGCUUAGUCUGAGAUCAAAUCCUAACUCUAAUGCAAAUUCUAGUUCUAAAUGUUGAUCCACGAGAGGAUGACCUGAUUAAAUAAUGCAAAACCAAAUGUAUUGCAACCAACAGCUGCAGAUAAACUGAGUUAGUUUUUUUUUUUAUAUAUAUAUAUCAGAGGAUGGUGUUGUCAUUGUUAUUGACCACAUAGAAAAGCAGCUUACAUGUCAAACUAAAGUGUGAUUUUUUUUUUUAAAAAACUGUAAAUCGACAUGUGGUAGUUGGGUCAGAGUAAUGUGCAGAAUUGCGAAAUGAGAACUUUUUUGAAAGUGAUCACAGUACGUGAAUCACUUCACCACCUUAAUCAGGCUCUUUACGAAUUACAUGUCAACAAGAUAACACUACAUGUCCGUAACCAAGCAGAGUUCACUUGUGUAUAUUUUGUGAUUCAUAGUAAUAAUAACUUCAACAACAGGCCUGGGUCAGUCACAGAUGAGCUCAGCAGACUGACAUGAUCUAACUGAACCUGCAGUCUAUUAGUCUAGUGAGGAUUAUUAUACUGUGUAAACACCUUGCAAACCUGUCGGAUCAAGGUUUUAACAAAAAUGAAUUCAAGCUCAGACACUUCUGUAGCGUGUUCUGUAACAUUUCAAUGGUUCCUCGGAUCAUCUUUCUGUUUAGUAGUUGUUCUUUCUCUCCAGCCGCUCUGUGUGUCGUGUGUGUGCAGAAUAGAGCUGAUUUAUUUUUUAUAUGCUUUUAGAUGUUUUUUGAUCAUAUUUCUUGUUCCUGUGUUGCCAACCCAGCAGGAGGCAGCUUCCUUGUGGUUUUAUUUAAAACUGUCUUAACUGCUAAAUAAUACACUCUAAUCUUUUUUUUUUUUGUAAGUGCCUGUUUUAUUUUAGUCCAACAAACUUAACAACAAAGCUAUUUCACCCAUUUUUACUCUGGUGUAAUUGGUUUGAAUCGUCUUUAUUUAUUAUGUGGUUGACUUGAAAGAAUUAAACAAUGAAAAUGUG